AUGGCAUCGUUUAGUUAUCAACUCCAACAUCUGCCGAAUAUGGAGUCCGAAAAUAAGACUUUCCAACUGUGGCGGGACUACUUGAAGCUAGCGGAUGCAGUGCGGGAGAUGAAGUUAGGGAACUUCACAUCAGAACCGUCAACCGUUGAGGGUCAUGACUCCGGGAUAUGCUCGACCAUGGUGGAAUGUGAACAGUUCCCGCCGCGAGCCUUGCUGUCGCCGAUAGCACCGUUGGCGACAGCACCUCUACGGCACGAAAAGGAACCCCUGGGUUCCAAAAUUGUCCCCUUGCGUAAAGACGCUCCUUUACAUCCGAGCCGCAGCGAGGGUCCCGAGCCCCCUACAGCAGCGUCCAGACCCUCCGUGGGCACCCGGGGACAGAGGGAGAGAAAGAAGGCGACCCGCUCCAAGACGCCGGAGGAAGUGCCAUCGCAUGAGCGCAUGUUCUGCAGCUUCUGCAAACACAACGGGGAGUCAGAGUCUGUGUUUGGGUCACACAGUCUCAAGGACCAGGAUGGGGACGUGGUGUGCCCGUACCUGCGGCAGUAUAUCUGCCCUCUCUGCGGGGCCACCGGGGCUCAAGCCCACACCAAGCGCUUCUGUCCCCGGGUGGACACCACCUACAGGUCGGUCUAUGUCAAGUGA